AUGUCUGGCAACGGGAUGAGCGGGGUCUUCACCCCUGUGAUUCAGGGCAAGGACCAGCAGUCCAGCAUGAACAGCAUGCAGAACCAUAACACGGGCAACAGCACAAAUGUACCUGUGACUGGCUUGUCCUUCACAGGUGGCGCCUUCUUAAGUGGCAACUCAGUUAACGGACCACCUCCGCCACAGAGGCGGUCUGUCUUUUUAGUGAGGAUCGUCAGUAAUGCUUUUUUCACAUUUAAGCUGCAGGAAACACCAGCUUUGGCAUCAGGGGGAAUUCGAACUUCUGAGGUGGAAGUGGCGGGAGGACCUUCCACUACCAGCUUCUACCAACAUAUAUGA